AUGGUCAUAACAAACAGGCUAAAAUUUGACACCCCAAGGCUGAACAUGGAUGGCAAACAAAUUGGUAUGACGGAGGAAAUGAAAAUACUCGGACUAACAAUUGAUCAUAAGCUGACCUUCAACAGUCAUGUAACCAACGUGUGCAAAAAGUCGCUGGGUAUGUACAGGCAGUUAGCUAGGGCGGCCAAGACCGAAUGGGGUUUACACCCGGAAGUGAUAAAAACCAUCUACACAGCGGUUGUAGAACCGGUGAUGAUGUAUGCGGCUAGUGUAUGGGCGCCAGCAACCAAAAAACGGGGAGUACGCAAGAAACUCGAUGCUGUUCAGAGGGUUUUUUGUCAGAAGAUAUGCAAAGCGCACCGCACAGUUUCCCUUAACUCGGCACUGACGCUGGCUGGGAUAUUACCCCUAGACCUCAGAAUACAAGAGGCUGCAGCCUUUUAUGAAGCUAAAAGAGGGGUACCUCAGCCGAUACUAGCGGACAGAGAGGUAGAGAAGAGGGCCGCAUACACCAAAACGCCUCAUCCGGCAGAACAAAUUGAAUUAUAUUUUACACGCUUGGAAAACUGUGAACAGGUGGAGGAAAAAAGUGAGCAUCCUGUACAAAUCUAUACAGAUGGGAGCAAAAUCGAAGGAAAAGUCGGGGCAUCUCUAUCAUUUUGGGAUAGAAAUGCUGAAAUAAAAAGUAUGAAACUAAGUCUCCCAGCAUAUUGCACAGUCUACCAAGCGGAAUUGCUAGCUAUAAACAGGGCUACAAAAGAGGUCUUAAAAAACCCGGCAACUGACUUCGGUAUUUACAGCGACUCUAGAUCUUCCCUAGAAUGUAUUAUAAAUUAUAACUCCCUACACCCCCUAGCAGUAGAAAUUAGAGAAAAUAUAAAGAUGGCACAAAAGUUGAAUAAAACAGUAGCCCUUUACUGGGUCAAAGCACAUACGGGUCUAGAGAGGAAUGAGAGAGCGGAUCGAAUAGCUAAAGAAGCGGCACUGGGAAGCAAAAGGAAGGCAGAAUAUGACUUCUGCCCACUUUCUUUUAUAAAGAAGCAAAUCAGGAGCCGUACACUGGACACAUGGGAAGAAAGAUACCAGCAAGGAGAGACUGCAAAAGUAACAAAGAUAUUCCUACCCCAUGUGGUCAGUGCAUAUAAGCGUGAAAAGCACGAGAAAGUUGUGACCGAGAUUCCAGCGGAAAACUACCGAAGUAAUCACGGAUUUCCUGAAACCACGUGCAACCGGCCUCAGCUUCCAGUACAGCUGGACAGGUGUGUGGCACAUCAGGAGACGCGUCUCAACGACACCAAGAUCACGAUCAUCCGGGACGAUGAUGCAGCUCCUCAAAAGUAG